CUCUUUCCAAACACUUUUUUCUCCGAGCCCCACCAUUCUACUCAGCAUGCUGCGGUGGGUCCUGUCAGCACCCUGCAUCCCCCACUGCUUUUCCAAGAGAGGAAAGUGUCCUGCCUCUUCUGACCCAGGAGUCUAACUCCAAAGCCCGGAGAGGUAUAUUAAGAAGAGCUGUCUUUUCCGAAGACCAGAGGAAAGCUUUGGAGAAAAUGUUUCAGAAGCAGAAAUAUAUCAGUAAAACAGACAGGAAGAAACUGGCAAUUAACCUGGGUCUAAAGGAGUCUCAGGUGAAAAUUUGGUUUCAGAAUCGAAGGAUGAAAUGGCGAAACUCCAAAGAAAAAGAAGUGCUUUCAAACAGGUGCCUCCAAGAAGAAGGUCUUCAGGAGAACUACCUCUCACGAUCCACCAUGAAUUUUACCUCGCCGUGUGCAUCUGUGUGGGAAGUGUCUCAGGAGCAGGCAAGUCCAAGGUGGAGGGAGAAUUCUCCAGGAAAUUCUGAAAGACUGAGUAGUACACAACCACCUCCAAGAGCAAAUUCAUCACAGAGCCCGUUGUAUUUGUAUCCUGACCAAGACACUGCAAAUAAGGCAGUUACAUCAUCAGCCUAAGGAAAUAGGGGCAGUUUGUAAAUUGAGUGGAGAGCACAGGCUUCAAGUAAGCAGUCUUCUAAGACUAACAAUAUUUGGACAUUGUAAAGCUAACUAGUUUAUGCCUCAGAAAUUUGCUAAAGUCUAACACCAUUAAAAUGACAAACAACUAAUGAUUUAAGAAGUAUUCUUCAAUACUCAGUCUUUUCUUGUGUCUUUUCCAGUCUUGUACUGACCUUAAAAGUGAAAUAGGAACUGAUGGUAAGUAAAAUGAAGUGAAGAGC